UAUUUGCUUGCUAUGCUUUGCUCUCCGAGGUUUUGGGUGGCAGAUAUUCUAAAACCCUCGAAAUAGAAGCUAUUAUCUGAUUUCUCGCAUCUUUAAAUCCACAUUCAGAAUACCAUAAAGAGAGAUGAGCGCAUCAGUCCACCGGACUCCCAAAUCUGGGAGGCAAUCCCAGUUCUACCAAGAUUUAGCAACCCCUGUAUCUUCUCGAAGAUCUGAAGGGAAAUUCACGACUCCAGGUCAGGCAGCAGCUGUUUUGGCUCUAAGGCGUGAAAAUUUAGGAAACUCUGAUCUUCCGCCUCCGCCAUUUUUUACCCUUGAAGACCGGUCUAAUUUUUCUCCUGAAUCGGGGAUUUCGGACUAUAUGAUGUCUCCAGAAGUGAAAUCAGAUCCUAGAACCCCUGUACUAAGUUCAGCUAGGGACUUUUCAACUCCUAGGAGUAAGCCUGAGUCAAGUUCUUCAUAUGGCAUUAUUGGCAAGCAGCAGCAGAGCCCCACUGUGAGUUCGAGCUGGUGGUCCCCUGUGAAAAUUGUAAGUAAUACAGAGCAAGAUGAUAAAGGGAAGAGUUCGCCAGUCGAAGGUGUGAUCCAACCUGGUGCCUUGAUAACAUUGCCACCACCUAGGGAGGUUGCUAGACCAGAAAUGAAGAAGAGUUUGGUGCCUAUGGAGAACCUUGACGAGGAGGAAUGGGUCACCGUCUAUGGAUUUUCACCAGCUGAUACUAAUCUAGUUUUGCGGGAGUUUGAAAAAUGUGGUGUGAUUCUGAAACAUGUUCCUGGCCCAAGAGAAGCUAAUUGGAUGCACAUUCUGUAUCAGAAUCGAUUUGAUGCUCGUAAAGCACUCAGCAAAAAUGGCAUGGAAAUAAACGGAGUUCUUAUCAUUGGAGUCAAGCCUUUGGAUCCAAUAGAACGGCGGGCUUUAAACGAGAGGCUUAGUUAUCAAGGAUUUAUACCAUUAGCACCUGCUCCAUCAAAUGGAAACUUGACAUCAAAUGGUUUUGAAGUGUCCCCUCAUCCGUACUAUCCUCAGAAUGGCGGUUCUGGUGGCCGGGAAUCUGCCGGUACCAUUGUCACACCUGCCAAAUCAAUGGUCUCAAAGGUUAUGGACUUGAUGUUUGGUUUCUAAUCUGACUUCUUGACGCAAAAUCUACCGUCUUUCCUAUGUACUUUCGAUACUUGGCUGCCCCUUUUUCAAGAUUUAACAGUUGUAUACCGUAAUCUGCUACUGAGC